AGAGGGCCUCCUGCUCACGCUCACGCCCCUCUAACCGACCUAUCCAAACAUGCCCCUCCUCAGUCAGACUCCAUUUCCCACAAUGCCACUGCGCUCGUCCUUGUCAAAUCUCACUGUGGUCAAGCUAACGUUAACUAACUGCCUCGGUCGCUCAGAGCAGCAGCCACGGCAGAAAUAACAGCAUGGGCGACGCUCGUCACUUCAAGUCCCUGCAGAGCUAAUUAAUAUGUGAGUGUGUGGAAGACAGUGCCUUCAACACCUGGGGACAUUUUUACUUAGACGCAAGGUGACUAUUAAAAAACCCACAAGGCUGUCGACGAGAGUAACAUUAACAUGAAGCAGCAGGCUAACAGCUAGCUAACGUUACUUGACCUGCUGUUUGGCUAACUUGGAAACAGUUUCCCAACAACCUGCUAGCGACUCGAAAUAACGCAGCAAUUGAAGGAUAUCAAAAACAGAAGUCUUCGUGCUGGUGUCAAAUUUAUAAGCGCUCAGCUCCUGGUGUUGCUGCUCCCCUCUGCCGGUGCUUGAAUUCAUGAGCACGCUCAGUGACGGCCGCGUAUAGUCCUCGGGGAUGGGGAGAGGAGUACAGGAACGGACAUCACACACGCAAGGAGAGGUGCUGACGCUGGCUUCCUCCAGUCAGUCAGAAGUGCGCUAUGGGGGCCCGAAGCUCACGCGCUCUGUCCUCAACUCGCUCUUCUCUGGGGCUUUAGCAGGCGCUGUGGCCAAGACAGCUGUCGCCCCUCUGGACAGGACUAAAAUCAUUUUCCAAGUGUCUUCAGCAAGAUUCUCUGCUAAGGAGGCCUACAGAUUGAUCUACCGGACCUACCUGAAGGAUGGCCUCCUCAGUCUGUGGAGGGGGAACUCUGCCACCAUGGUGCGAGUCAUCCCGUAUGCCGCCAUCCAGUUCUGUGCACACGAGCAGUACAAGGGGCUGUUGGGAGGCUACUACGGCUUUCAGGGGAAAGCCCUUCCUCUAAUUCCCAGAUUUCUUGCCGGGUCUAUGGCUGGUUUGACAGCAGCCAUGCUGACCUAUCCUCUGGACAUGGUGCGAGCUAGGAUGGCUGUAACACCAAAGGAAAUGUACAGUAACAUCCUGCACGUGUUUAUGCGAAUAACCCGAGAAGAGGGCCCGAAGACAUUGUAUCGAGGCUUCACUCCCACCAUGCUGGGUGUUAUUCCCUACGCUGGUCUCAGCUUUUUUACCUAUGACACAUUGAAGAAAAUACAUGCAGAGCACAGCGGGCGCUCACAGCCCUACACACAUGAACGUCUAGCAUUUGGAGCCUGUGCUGGCCUUAUUGGCCAGUCGGCAUCUUACCCUCUGGAUGUGGUGCGACGCCGCAUGCAGACUGCGGGAGUCACAGGUCACACGUACGGCACCAUCCUGGGCACCAUGAGGGAGAUUGUGUCUGAAGAAGGGAUCGUCCGUGGACUCUACAAAGGUCUCAGUAUGAACUGGGUGAAAGGGCCCAUGGCGGUGGGCAUCAGCUUCACCACCUUUGACCUUACUCAGAUCCUCCUGAGGAAGCUGGAGCAAAUGGGCUAUACGGCACGAUAAUAAUGAUAGAGGUAGAGGAAAAUGGGGGGUAACAGGAAGAGAAGCUCCCCAUACAUACACCCUGUGAAGAGAAAAGAAGUGAGAGAGUGACGAGUUUGUUUCGCUGCAUAAAAGCGAAACACACACUCGCUCAGGAUGCGUGAUAUUAAUGUAUUCUCUCGCUUUAUCUGUGUGCAGCGGGGAAUGCACAGUCCCUACAGGCAUGAGGUAUGUUGGACGGUACAGAGUACCUGUACACACUGUUGUCCUGUACAGCUAAGUGCAAUAUGCUCAGUGAUUUUAUGUGUGUUUGUGUGUACACAUAAAUUAUAACGCUCCUGCCGUCGUGGACCAGGCCUGCGAGUGUAUUUGCCAGUCUAAGAGCUUCACACACACACACACACACACUGAAGCCUCCCAACUGCCUUGUGUGUCUGCUUAAAACUGACACCUUCCAAUGCAAUGCAGGUUGCCACUCAUUUAUUAACUUUUUAAGAUGCAUUUGAUUUAAUAACAGUAAAAUUUGCCCCCUUGAGAUUGGUUUUAUUGUGAGUGCGUUUGUUUUAAGGAAUUAUACCAAAGGUUACGAUAUGAGUUAAUCGUAGAUGAUAUGAUGUUAGUGGUGUUUGUAUAUUUAAGCACAAAAGUUUUCAGAGUACAACUACAUGGCAAAAAUCUUGCCUAGCAGAGAGGUAACAGCAUUGUUACUGCCAUCAUAUGGUCAGUUUUUCUUUGAGUUGAAUAUAUUGAAAUCACUAUAAGUCCAGUUUCUGAGUGGAGCACUCCAAGACUGACUUUUAUUUGUACAGUAGAUAAUUGAGCUGGAUCUUAUGCCAGUGCCAACAGAUGUGAAAUACAAAGAGUGCCCAUAUGAUUUAAUUUGUUUUCACUGUGAUCAUGUCAUGUUUUUUUUUUUUUUGUUUUUUAAUUUUGUCAAUUGUGAUAGAGAGUUUUGUUAUUUGUAUUAUUAAUACAGAUGAUUAGACAGAUUUCAGCGCUAGUUGGGAAUGCUAGCUGAAAGUAACUGACAUUUAGUCGCAUGUAACGCACAUCAAGCAAUUUAACAGGUCAUUUUCCAAAUGUGAAAUCAUAUACACUGAAUUAACAGUUUAGUAGCAACUAAUGUUGUUUUAAAUUUGAAACAAUACUAGUGUAAAAAAACAAUCCUCGAUACAUCUUCUGACGCCACUGCUAAAAGGAGAAAUAAAACUAGGAACACAAAAUAUUAUAUUUUUUUCUUUUUUAAAAUAACAACCAUCACACUGCUGGUACAGCCUGAUCUCAGAAUUGCAUGAAAUGGGCACGAAGCCUUAACAACGCAUUAUAUGGUGAUGGGCGCACAAUAUGUUAAAGUCACAUGCUGGUAACACAAAAACGAUGCCAAUGCAAAGUCAGUUAAGAAUUUUUGUCAUGGUGGACACAUGGAUUCAGUAUCGAGCGAGAAAGUCUGUGUAGGGCAGGCCCACGGGAAGUGUGUCUGGCUUUGAAGCCAGUUUUUGUAGUGGCCAAACAGUGGAAUUACAACUCCAGAGUCUGCACACGAUGCAGUUGGCCACUAAGACUUUCCCACAUACUAACAUUGGGAAAGAGACGUCUAUUUAUCAGUGGAUACAUUUUUUGUAGCGUCACAACCCUCGUGAAAUGACUCCUUUCAACGUCAGGAUUUAAUCCAUUCAGUCAGAUAACAUUUGGCAAGUCUAGCAGAGCUGUUUGAUUAAUUCAUUUUAUUUGCAUUCCAGUUAGCGGUGCACUAAAUCAGAAGCGACUGGUUCAGCCAGCAGAAGUCUGGUGCGCUUGGUUUAUGGGCCCAGUGAUGCAUACGUGCCGAUCAUUCAGGUGAUUUCAUACCACGGGAAUAGGGCUUUUUGGCUUCAUGCGCCACUGAGCAACUUUCAUAUCUCUUAAUACAUGCAUAGCAAAGGGCAGGUAGGAGCAGUGGUGGAUCGGUCAAACAAACAUGGACUUUCAACCAGGAGACUGCUGUUUGUGUCCAGUUUGAAACCAAAAGUCAGAGUAGUGACUGGAAUUUACAGAUUUAACAGAACUACACAAAGUACUUUAUAUUGGUACUUUACACAGAUACUGCUUUAUGUAACUAUUCAAAGUACAUAACUUGACAUCACCUACGCCCUGUACAAAGUUAUUUCAGCCAAAACCUUGAUCUUUUCCGUAACCAAGUAUUCCUUUGGUUCUCUAAACCUAACCAAGCUUUUUCCUUUCCCUCAACCUAAUCAAACUUCAGCUGCUUUUUUGCAUUGGCAUUGUUUUCAUGUUGCCAGCACACAACUUUACCACAUUUGGUGCCCACCACCACGUUCAGUUUAGUUUAUUAGUUUAUUUACAGUAACAGGGACCAUGCAUAAUACAGCUGUCAAGCCAGAGUUAGCUAUAUAGCUAAUUACCAUCUUCAGUUCCUGGACAGAAAAAUAUUAAAAGACAAUACAGAUAAAGAUUAAAAGUUUGCAAAUUUAUAAACAGUACAUCACAUAUAAAAUGUAUAUAUGUUAUAUAGUCUUGGAAAACAGUUUAUUCCAUUCACAGGUUCAGAUCAGUGAUCACAUGAUUGAUUUGUCUUGAACCGUGGUUUGAAUGUCGUUUUAAAAAUACUCAAACUUGCCCAUUCUCUGAUUUAGAUGGGAAUUAAGUUCCAUUUAUCUGCUGCACUAACUAAAAAUGCUAAAUGUCUGAAAGCAGUUUUCCUAAAUUUAGCCGAGCAGUCCCCUCUGGCUGAUGCUCUGAUGUCCCUAGCAUUGUCCCUGCAGAAUGACACACAUUAACAGUGUAGUGCGUUGUUUAGAAGGUCAUGUCCAUUUCAUGUAUCUCUGAGAUCAACUGUAUUGGCUGGUUGUAGAUCUGUUUUGUUUUUAUGAUCUUUAAUAGCUUCAGAACUUUCGAUACUAUCGGAUGUUUAAUUGACAGAGAUCGUAUCGUUUUAAACAAGCGGUUUUUCGAAAAUUAUCAAGGUAUCAAUACUUUUGACACCCUCAGUAGGAACACAUGUAACAUCUAAAUCAAUACAACAACCGUGCAGUGAGUACUACCUGUAUGAAGUGUACAAUAUUCUGUGGUUGAUGCUGUGCGUCAGGCGUCGCUUUAGUCGUGUUGUUUUGGAUAUCGAUAUGUUGAGAGGUGUUUCUAAUAUUAUGUCCCAUAUGUCACUGAUACAGAUGCACACAGCGUCACAUCGAGUACACAAAUGUUGUCUUCCAUUUGCUGUUGGUUCAGCAGCUGCAGGGGGUUUGCUCGGCACAUGUCGUAGAGCUGUAGCAGUAUUUGCUAAUGGAUUAGCUUGACUGGAAUUAUGCACACACAUAGUGAAGAAAUCGCUUGAGCUCUGUGUUACAGGCAUGAUCGAGUAUAUUUUAGUGUUUGCAGUGUUGUACAUUACCUCAAAACGUAAAUCAAACACUCAUGAAAUCCUCACAUAUCUGUGUGUUAUGUUGAGCAGUGCUAAGAAUGGAAAUAGCUGCUCGGUUGUCAUUUGUAUGUGAGACAGUUUGAACAGUAUUGAUGCAGGUUCACAGGUGUUGAAGAGUGUCAAUAGUUUCUAUACUUAGAGCACACAUGCUGAGGGAGCAGCUGAGUGCAGAGCCAGGUGGGGCAGAGGGCAGGAGAGUGUCAUCCUCACCAGAAUAAAGCAUGACGUUUUCUCCACUACACAAACUCAAGUUAGUUAAAAACCAACCCUGAAGGAGCUCAAAAAACAAUAGUGUAAUAUUAAAGGUAAACUAUGCAGGAAAUGCUGGUUACUUUUUGUAAACUGAGCCCCUCCUCAAUAAACUGCUAGUACACACACCGCGAGCUACUACUCUAAGAACGUCAUAUUUGUUGUGCUAAUAGAAAGCUAAUUAAACUAACCGCCAACACCUACCUGUCCAGCAGAAAACAGGCAAACCCUGUGUUGCUCUGCGUCCCCAUUAUUUCCUUCAGUGCUCAUCAGCCAAAGUCAAAGCCAACCCCAGACUCAGUCAUUUUGCAGCAAGCUCAGUCUGCGAUCUCUUAGCCGUCUUUUGAAUUUGUGCUGCUGCUACGUGGUCGCUACCUUUUUAUAAAGUCCAGACCAAAGCAACAGGACGUCGCAGACAUGAGAAAAUAUGGGCGGGGGGCAGGGUCACCACCACAUACUUCUAGUGGGUCAUAAGUGAUGCUUGCAGCGGACUAUUUUUGUAUGAGCCUCUACAUUGUUUAUUAGGAAAACCCUGCAUAGUAUACCUUUAAUGAUAUUGUUAUACUAUAUUAAAAAAACUCUACUAGGGCUUCACUACUAAGCUUUAAAAACAGAUUAAUCUAUACAUUAUUUUAUUUAUCAAAGUGUCCGUUAACAUUGCUUACUGUCUGUGUUCUGACCAGCAGACAAACAACUCAAACUAUUCACUGCUGUAGAAAAGGAGCAUUUUAAAUGUGUGAAUCUCGAAUCAUGUAAUGUCUUCGCUAUUUAGAAGAUUAAUUGAUUAUUUAAUUGGAAUUGAUACAUUUAUUUGUCCAUUGAAGGAGCUGUAUGCAACAUUCAGAGCAUAUCUAUGCUUCAGAGUCUGGGGCGAGAUUGUCUGCACACGGCUCUCCAUAUGGAGGGGGCUGAGCUGGUGGCUAGCAGCUAACGGUGCUAACAGUGCUGACAGAGCUAACAUUGUUAACCUGAGGGGGGAACUUAGCCUGAGUGUCAGACUGAAGUUCCCAGAGCCUUCAGUCUGACAUCGCCUCCAUUGAAGGCGAUUUACAAAGAGGGGGGGAUUUGAUUUUUCCCUAACCAAUCAGUAGAGAUCAACGACUCACCCAGAAUCUGAUGUCAUUAGUAUCCAUGCCUCGGGGGUGCCGAAAACAAGCGAGCAUUGCCCGUUUAAAAUGUCUCUGCCGUCGUGCACUCCCAGCUGCAUCACCGUUAAAUCUAGUUUAGCAGCUUCCUUAAUUUGGUCCUCCAUUAACGCGAGUAGUGGCGAAAUACCUCGAUAGCAUCGUUAAUGUGGUCUGUAGGAUCUGUUUAAAAACAAGCAGUAUAGGAAACAUAGUCUGAAUAAAUUAGUUUAAAAUUGAUAAAUUAACUAUUGAAGUAAGAAAAUAUCCCAUCAUAAAUGAGUGAAGAAUACCAUUUGGGUCAGCCCCAAAAAAGUUUCGUGAUUUGAUACUCAGCCCAGUAGGCAACUGGUUCCCAAGCGGGGGUCCUGACCCCCACUAGGGGUCGCCAAAAGCUUCACGGGAGCGUCGAGAAGCCUUGAUAAAAUCAUACAGUAGGCCUAUAUCUCAGCAUUUAAUUCAUCUCUCUGAUGCAAACUAAAUGAAAUCAUUUCAAAGUUUAGAUUAUUAUUCAAGAUAUAAAUAGAGCCGUCAGUCUCUGCUGAACAGCCUCAUCCUGCUUUAGAAACGUAUGCAGUUAAAACAACCAAAGAGCUGAUAGAACAAUGGCCAAGCAAAAGGAGAAGAAAACAGUUAGUUUGUCUAAAAAGAAGCCUAUUAAGUAUGUAUGUCAAAAAUAGAGUAUUAUAUUAAAAGUUUCUACAAAUAUUAGGAAGACUCAUCUGUGAUAUUUGCAGGAAAAAUUCUGCUCGAAAUUAAUCCAAAUUGCUCGAGUUACACAAACGUCCUGCAGUUAUUGUAUUCAAUAUUUGGGUUAACUGUACAGUUUAUCAGUUGUUCUGCACUGUUAUUGUUCUGUAUUUAAUAGAAUAUGAAAUAUCCAUAAGAGAUGUCCUUCAGUCAGGGGUCGUCAGUUUACUGAGUGACAGAAAAAGGGCUUCUUAAGCAAGAAGUUUAGGGACUACCGCAGCUACUUCACUAAACUCUGCUCUCCCCUGACGGGCCUGUCUGACCAUCAUCAAUUUGUUUGAUGUUUUUAUUGUUUUCUUCUUCAGUGAAUCAGGAGGAUUGUAGCAGUGCUCUGAUGACACACACAUAAACACAUAUAUUAUUCUAAUCAGCAAACAGUGGUGAUGCAUUCAUGUUAACAACAGAUGCAAGUCUAGUCUUUUAAUACCAGUGUGUAAUCUUUACGUCUUGCCUUUGUUAAUAGUUUGAAAAUAUGUGUAGCUGAGUUUUGAUCAAUGACAGCUUGAAACCUGCACAUGCUCUGAGCUGAAGCGUGCACGAAUGCUGCAUAGCAGAAAGUACACAGUAACCGAGAGCUGAGUGAAGGGUAGUUACUGACUCAAGUGCCUGGCGAGGAAUAGUAACGUUUCUACUAUGACUGAGCUACUUCUACUAACCUUUUUGAAGGUUGCUUCCAUUUUCUAGCCUUUGCUUCGGUCUUGAAGUUCCAAGUAUUUGAGGGACAGCAGCGGGGGGUUUGAAGUUUGGGAUUGUGAGACCUCUGUGACUGAAUGUAUAACUUCAGCUCCAGUUUUUGUAUGUGAAUUUUGUAAAGCUAUAAAACUGCCUUGCAGGGUUUUGCUGUCUAGGGUGAAAUGCAUGACCCUUGGCUCCCUAGCAGACUCCAACCCAUCCAUUCCAACCAGACUAGGACUAAUUUGAAAGUUAAUGGUUAUUUGAACCCUGAUUUCGAUUGGAAGAGCUUUGUAAUCUUAUCAUCCACCUAUUGAUCUAACUAUAGAUCAAAGGAGAUGGAUAAAUACAUGAUGAAAUACACAACAACCCAGACAAUCAUGAAAUGCCAAAAAAGUACAUAUUUAGUUGUGAACCUGACAGUGGCUUAAUAAUGAGGAAUACUGACACACUACAGAAACAAAACUUGGAAAAAAUCAGAUUUUAUUUGCUCUCUUAAAAGCAAAUUUAGUUGUUUUAACCUUAUUUGUCGGUAAGUGACGUGCAGACAAACGAUGCUACUGUGUUUGCAUGUUUCAACGGAUCACCUUGUGUUGUUUUUGUUUCAGUGCAGCAGUGAUGCAGCAGCUGUUUUGUCAAUCCCAGUGAUUUGUGCCAACUGAAUGUAACCGUACCUACACCCUGUGUCCGGUCUCUAGUGAUGAUGGUGUAUCUGUAGGAAAGUUUUCAAAUAAAACUGGAUGUUAACAACA